UCACGUCGAAUCUGACAUCCAACACUACCGAUCCUACGAUUACCUCACCAUUUCAGCGAGAUCUUCUGCAGCGGAAUAGGAGAGAACGGUCCAACAUCUUUGACAACAUACGCCGGAGAGAUCAUUGGAGUCCGGCUGCUCCGAUGCCCCCACGUCGCCGUCGAUCUGAUAGACGGACAACAGACCAGUCAUCUCAUGAUGAUUCCAGUUCGAGAAAAUCAUGUCGCACAAAUGCGCCGCCGCAGGCGCGAGCGCGAUGCUGAAAAUGCCGCUCUAUUCAGAUCAUUGCAGGAGGCAAGUCACACAUUAGAUGGUAUUGCAAGUAUGGUCGAGCUUGCCAACUCCAAUCAUCAACACCAACCUUCCACGCGAACUCUUGGUCGGUCCGUGGGGAAUACAUUUCCUAUGUCAGAUGUGGAAGAUGCUUCUUCCACAAGACUAAAGCGCCGCAAGCUCGACCACUCUCACGACGAACCAGCUGCCUUUAAUGGUUUCUCGUAUGGCCAUUUUGGCCAAGUCGUUCCCGGUAGGCUGAGAAUGGAAAUUGUCAGUUGUGACGGCGGCGAAUAUGCCGAUGCAGAUUCCAGAUCGGUCUUAUAUCGCCCAGAGAAUAUAUUGCGAAACGAUCGGAGUGUCUAUUGUACCAAGAGCUCUGAGUGUAACAUACUACUCCAGCACCAAGGCGGCACAACUUUCUGCGUAGAGCAAAUUGUCAUCCGGGCCCCUAGAAAAGGCUUUACUGCACCAGUACAAGAAGGAUUGAUAUUUGUCGGAAUGUCUGCAGAUGAGCUCACAGAGCAGAGUUCACGUUAUGAAAUUACACAACAUGAGAGUAGGCAUUGUGAUCCGUGGUCGCCAGAAUUGACACCAGACGAUGAACCGAUAUCUUUGCUUCAGAGUUUACAAGAUCCUGAAGUAUGGGAGGGCUCUCGCCAACGUCAGUCAGAGCGAGCUCAAGCAGACUUUGAUCGUGCAGAGCGUGACCAAGCUUGGACUCGGCGGCGGAUGGAGCAAAUGUAUGUUUCGAGACAUGAUGAACCCUCACAAUCCCUGUCACGUUCAGAAGAAAAUUGCGAUUGGCUUCUCCAGGACCACACUGCUCAUGCGAGUGAUGCCAACCCUGAUGAUUCAUAUGCUAUCGACCCGGUGACAGAUGAUGAUUCAAGCGAUGUCGACGAAGAGUCCAGCACAGCUGUCAUUGCCGACCGCAUGAGACGUGAUGCAAGGGCCCAGGAUGACACCGACUUCGAUGUUGACUACACACGGCAAUGGAGGGAGACCCGAGAUAGGUACGGAUAUGCUCGUUCUAUCAGGAGGUCGGAACCCAGACAAAUCGAACCGCGAGCAGACUCAGGAAAAACUGUGACAUUGCCGCCGAGUGCCAAGUUUUUCAUGGAGAAGAACAAGAUCACGGUCAAGUUUCCGACACCGCUUUCAGCGAAAUACAUACUGCUCAAGUUCUACAGCUCUCGCCCGCAAGGGAAUAUCGACGUUCAGAGUGUUGUCACGUAUGGAUUUGCUGGUCCACGAUACUUCCCUGCGUGUGAAAUGAGAUGAGUGUCUGGUAUCCUGCGAUUCUCACAGGCGCUUCGAAUAUUGUUAGAAUGACGAAGUUGCAUGACUACUGCACGACUGCGGAGUUUCUGGACAUAUUAAGGGUGUAAAACAGGUCAACAGACAGGCGCACAUAGCGCAAGCCCUUCAUUGAACCUGUUCGACAUGAUCUCAUCAACUGGUCCUGGAUGUCUCCUAGCAACCUAUUAGUCGUUGUCUAAAGAGUUUGCUUUGACAAUCACUGCUUAUAUACAU